ACAACACAACGACAUGAGUUUCACGUGUUUUUGAAUGAAAAUUGUGUACGUUUUAUGAAUAAAUUGAUUUAAAAUACUAUGUGAUUAUUGUCACAUCAAAAUGGUUAUCGCAGAAGACAAAGAAGUUGAUAUAUUCGUAGCUAGUAAAAUAGGAUCUUUCAAACAUAUUAAAUACCACACAGAUUCAACAAAAAAUAACAAGAAAUGCAUAGAGAAUUUGGUUGAAAUUAAAAGCUUACAGAAAGACGAUGCAAUAACCUCUAUGGUUUGGGGCAACGAGGAACAAACAGAAAUAUUGAUUGGAAAGAAAAACCAACAGAUACAAGUGUACGACACGAUCCAAGGCUUCACAAAGUCAUACACAGCAGACUUCGGUAUCGGCGAUGUAAUUGGACUUGGCAAGCAUAAGCGACGUCUGCUGGCGGCACUGUCGAGCGGCGUGGUACAAAUAUGGAGCAAGAAAGAGAACGUGGUGGUCAAUACUGGCGGUAAGCUGGAUAAGAUGAAAGUCUGUGACCAAGACACCACCUUAUUCGCUACUGGUGGUGAAGAAAAUGAUCUAAAAGUUUGGCGAAUUGGAGAGGCAGCUCCAUUGUUCAGUGCUAAAAACCUGCCCCACGAUUGGCUGCAGCUCAGACGGCCGGUGUGGGUAUCGGAUCUGACCUUCUUGAGCCCGGAGUUGCUGGCUGUGUGCUCUAGACAUGGUUAUGUCAGGUUGUACGACACAAGGUCACAAAGACGGCCGGUCUGCAACGUGGAGUUUCAGAUGGCUGCAACCUGCAUGGCACCUGCGUUCGAUGACCGGCACGUCCUGGUGGGAUUCGGUCGUGGUCAGCUCCAGCAAGUGGACCUCAGGAGAGGGAAGCCGGACAAGGCGUACAAGGGAGCGGUGGGGGCGGUUUCGAGCGUGGUGGCGGUGAGCGGGAGGGUGUUCAGCACCAGUCUGGACCGACAUCUGCGAGUACACCAGGGGGACAGCAAGGAGUUACUGUAUAAGCAAUACAUGACAUCUAAGUUGGCAUGCGUGCUUGUUCAAACCGCGACCACGACGCCUCUCAAGAGGGAGGACCCAGAGGUUAAAGAGGAGGAUCAGGUCGAAGGCACGGAGGUGAAGGAGGAAGAUAUGGAUGACAUCUUCGAAAAUAUGGAAACUAUUGGUGAAAAACCAAGUUUGAAACGAAAUGGAGACACUGGAAUAACAGAAACGAAGAAAAUGAAGCCGUCGACAGAGGGCAGCACUGUAGAUAUAGAGGACAACGAAGAAGACCCCGAGGAGGCGAUCGUGAAACUCCUUCGAAGCACAGAGAAGCAGAAGAAGAGAAUGGAAAAGAAGAAACGAGAGAAGAAGGCAAAGAGCGUAUUUCAUAAUGCUUAGAAUAAAUAUCUUUGUUACCAA